UAAACGGCCUUAACAAAGGCAUAUUAUAUUAACGGUAAAUGACUUGACGAUUUUUAGCAGUCAGGAAUUGCAGUGUUGGUGCGCAAUGGAACUGAACAGACAGGCUGUGUAUCACACUAUUACCUAGACGAGCUGAAAGCAGAAUAGGGCCUCACCACACAUCGGCACAAAUGAAUUGCGAUCGUUCAGAUGAAAAAGGUGAAGGUAUUCCUGUCUCAAGAAUGGUUGAUUUUCACCUGAGAUUUUCCUCUUUUUUUUUCAACUGGUCAUCAUUAAUCCUGUAAUUAACGCGGUCAUCUGGUUGUAAAAGAGAUAUCAAUCCAGGUUGGACUCUUCCGUUGCAGACACCGACGUUCUACCAGGGACAUGUGUAUACUGGAUACUUCUACCUGUUGCUCUACAAAUCACUUGUGCAGAAUGAAAGUGGGAACAACAAUGAGCAUUUUGUUUUUUAUUUAUUGACAUAUAAUCGUCUACGCACGAGAGAAAACUAACGACAAUUUUAGGCAGCAGACCUUUUGAAACUCGUCGUACCUUUUUUUUGUACAUCUAUACUAUUACUAAGGAAUUGCAGUGACUCACUGUGCGGCUAAAGAGUUGCAGUUUGUACUACCAAACACCAAACACUUAAGGAGGCAACUAACAUCCUGAACUGUAUGCCAGAUAAGUAUACCCAUCGCGUUGGUUAGCAGCACUAUUUUGACAAUCUUGUAAAACGACUUUAGAGUCUACGUGCAAUAUGGGAGGACAAGGGGGACGCAGGGGAGGUGGGAGACGCCGGGCUCACCGUACUGGGGCCAGGCAUCGUCAUCGGGGUGGUGGAGGUCGAGGCUUGAACAUAUUUUUCCACGGGGGUGGAGGACCGCAUCAAGCCCUCAUCCAGCGCCGUCUGGUCUCCAUUUUAAUUAGUUUCGGAUUCGGCAUUGGGUUGAUGCUUUAUGGUAUAACGGCGGUUCUCAUCUACCCAACUUUUCCAUGGCAAGGGUUUAGCUUCAUUGGUAUAGGGAUUAUGCUGAUAUUGAUUUCAGUCGUUGGUAUUUGGAAAGUCAAACAGCUUCGCCAACACCAACAACAACAUCAGCAAGGGCAAGAAGGAACAGUGCACAUUCCACCAGGAAACAUUGGAUCACAAGUAACAACACAACAGCAGCAACACAUAUGGACAACAGAGCAGAAUAUGACAGCAGCCCCACCUUACGGUGCAGGACAAGAACCCCCACCUGGGUAUGCAGCAACAGUGGGUCCGAUGGGACACUCUCAACCACCCUACCCCCAACCAGGAGGUACUGUACCGCCCUACACCCAACCAGCUGGACAGCCCUACCCACAACCAGGAGGUCCAGUGCCACCCUACCCACAACCAGGAGGUCCAGUGCCACCCUACCCCCAACCAGGAGGUCCAGUGCCACCCUAUACCCAACCAGGGGGUGUGGCACCUUAUCCUGAAUACCCAGCACCACCUGGAGUUGUGCAAUCCUCACCUCCACAAACCAUCGCUAAUCAGCCACAACUGUAUCAUGUGCAGCCGUACUCAGCAUCAGAUGGAAACACACAGGCACCCUAUCCACCCGGCGACCCUUCCCAGGGACCAGCACCAAUUAACCCACCAGUGACGGAACCACCGCCACCAUCUUACGAAGUGAUUGUUAUGAAUGAGCAGAAUAAGUGACAAUAUCAUCAACCCCUACUUAGAUUAAAUAUCCAAUCUUAACUGCCUCGAUUGUUUUCAUUGUUGGACUUUAUUAUUAUGGUAAAACUCAAAUUUCAAAGGUGUGAAAUAUCCACGUUGUUUGAACAUUUUAGUACAAAGCUGAAUUCCGCUUGCAGUGGUCUAUUUCCCACAAAAACACAAUGAAUUAAUGAAAGUUAAGAAAGGUGUCAUUAUCCAUGUCUUUUGUCUUCUCUAAAAAAAAAUCGGGUCAUCUUCAAAAUGAAUAAUUUGUCAGCACCCCUGCGCAAUUUAUUAUUUUCGUAACUCUGUUUUACUCAUUUCCCAAAAACUACAGCACCUCAGCACGUAAUUUUUCAGGGAAGCUUUCUACGUUCAUU